AUGGGUAUAUCUUGCCUCACAAGAAACACAUAUUCCAUCCUCUCUCUUCAUCUUCUUCUGAUUCUUAUCAUCACCCCUCCAUCUUCUUCCUUUACUCCCACAGACAUCGUCACGAAAGAAACCCUCAACAAACUCUGCUCACAAUCAAUCCUUUACAAUCGUCGCUUUUGCAUCAAAUGGCUAAGCGCUGAUAACAGAACGACCUCAAUAAACUUUCAUGGCCUCAUGGAGCUCGCAGCCGAAAAAGCUCAAGCGUUUGGUCAGGAAAACCUAGAACUGAUGAACGACUUUGCAAGAAUCUCAGGUAAGGACAAGCAGUUCAAGAACGCUUGCGUUGAAUGUGUAAAAGGUUAUGACGUAGCGAUCAAAGAGCUUGAAUUAGCUAAAGAGUUUUUGAGGAAAAGGUCAUUCCAACAAGCAUUUUACGCUGCUUCCAAAGCAGUGGAUUAUGCUUAUGUAUGCAAAGAUCAGUUCGAAGGACCUUCUAAUGAGCCGCCUUUUGUUUUGGAUCGCAGUGUGAAGUUUAUCACAAUGUGUCACAUUGUUAGAUUUUUCACUAGUCUUUUCAAUUAAAUUCAUAUAUCUUUCACCUGCAAAAGAGAGGAUAAUAAUAAAAAUACCCGAAGAAAAACUCAAUAAGAAAUUUUGUUCCAAGCAUAGA